ACACAAGAGGUGAAAGUUUCCUUGAACGCUGACAACAAACUUUUCGUCAAUUUGUCAGGCGUAUUUGACCAUAGCAGUGGACAAGUUAGGAACGGGACCGUCACUUUAGACCGACUUCCCGUCCGUUUCAGAAAUGUCUUUAGCUGACCAAAGUCAGCAAUGGUUUCCGACAAGCGUACAGGUAACGGUACUCCAGGCGAAGAACCUGAGGAUCAAGGGAAAGAAUGGCACUAACGACGCGUACGCCAUCAUGCAAGUGGCCAAAGAGAAGUUCUCCACUUCGGUAGCCGAGAAAUGCGUUGCUCCGGUGUGGAAAGAAGAGGCCACAUUUGACCUACCACUUUUUCACCAGGGUAAUGCGGACCGGUGUACGUUACACGUUCAUGUCAUGCACCGGGCUCUGGUUGGACCGGACAAGCUCCUCGGUCAGGCAGUUAUCAACCUGCUGGACUUGGAGCAAAAUAAGACCCGCGAUAAAACAGAAUGGUUCAAGCUGCUGGAUAAGUCUGGCAAAGCCGACAAAGACCGGGGUGAGGUCCUGCUGGACGUCCAGUUCAUGAAGAACAACAUGACGGCCAGCAUGUUCGACCUGUCCAGCCAGGAGAAGAGUCGCUCUCGCAUGGGCAAGCUCAAGGACAAACUCCGCGGCAAAAAGAAGGAAGGGCUGUCCGACUCCAUGUCCGCGGUGGUGCCAUCGGUCACCCAGGUCAUGACCGACAGUGAGGGCGAGGAAGAGGGGGCCGGCGCAACCUCCACGCCCAAGAAGAAAAAGAACAAGCUCAAGUCGUUGUUCGUGCCCAAGUCCAACCUGCACCGCAACUCGUCCCAAUCCAUGUCCACGCUGGGUCCGCUGCCCGAGAGGGACUCUGCCCUGGGAUCUAGUCGAUCCUCUGGCCUCAACGUGGACUCCCCUGAAGCAGGCAAAAAGAAGUUCAAAUUCCUGACCCACAAACGCACGGGGAGCUCCGACAGCAAGUCCUCUCUGGGCUCCUUCUCUGGCCUGGGCCAGCCCAAGCAGUCCGGCACACUGCCCAGCAACCUGUGCGUCAACGGCAGCCACGUGUACUCGGAGGAGCCCGAGCGCAAGCCCUCCCGGGCGAGCUCCACCUUCAGCCUGAGCAGCUCUGGCCACGGGUCCAUGGAGGAGCUCCGCAAGUCCUCCGCCCCGAGCAGGAGCAGCAUGACCACCUCUGUGGAGUCCCUACGGGCCUCGGAGGCACACCUGCAGGCAGAGGAGGAGGAGGAGGAAGAGGAAGAGGAGAGAAAGAGGAGGAUGAGAGAAGAGGAGGAGAGGAGAAGGUUGGAGGAGGAAGAGGAGGAGCAGAGGCUGGAGAAAGAGAGGGUAGAACAGGAACGGAGAAGGAUGCAGGAGGAGAGGGAGAGGACUGAGAGGGAGGCUGAGGAAGAGAGGAAGAGGAGGGCAAAAGAAGAGGAGGAGAGAAGGUUUGAAAUGGAGGAGGAAGAAAGGAUUAGAAAAGAGGAGGAGGAGGAGAGGAGACUGAAAGAAGAGGAGCGGAGGAAAGCUGAGGAAGAAAGGAUGAGGAAAGAGCAGGAGAGACUGGAGGAGGAGAGGAGGAGAGCUGAGGAAGAAAGGAUGAGGAGAGAGCAGGAGAGACUGAUGGAGGAGAGAAAGAGAGCUGAGGAAGAAAGGAUGAGGAGAGAGCAGGAGAGACUGAUGGAGGAGGAGAGGAGGAGAGCUGAGGAAGAAAGGAUGAGGAGAGAGCAGGAGAGACUGAUGGAGGAGGAGAGGAGGAGAGCUGAGGAAGAAAGGAUGAGGAGAGAGCAGGAGAGAAGAAGUUUGGAAGAGGAAGAGAGGAUCAGAAAGGAAGAGGAAGAAGAGAGGGAGAGGAUAGAGAAAGAAGAGGAGAGACUGAGAAUAGAGGAGGACAAGAGAAAGGAUGAAGAGAGGAGGAGAAUUGAGGAAGAAGAAAAGGUUAGAAGAGAGGAAGAGAAGAGGAGAGAGGAAGAGAGAAUUGAAGAAGAAAGGAGGAGAGAGGAAGAGAAAAUUGAAGAGGAAGAAAGGCUCAUAAGAGAGGAAAGAGAGAGGAUUUGGAGGGAGGAGGAGGACAAAAAGGAACUUGAGUUGCAGAAAAAAGAGGACAUGGACAGUGAGGAAGACAGAGGAAUGGCAGAGGAGGAAGAGGAGAGAAGAAGGGAUGAACAGAUUAAGAAAGAGGAAGAGAGAAGAAUGUUAGAAGAGGAAGAAAGGAUAAGGAGAGAAAGAGAGAGAAUGGAGAGAGAGGAGGAAGAGGAGAGACAAAGAAUUGAGGAGGAAAGGGUUAGACGAGAAGAAGAGAGGAGACUUGAGGAGGAGAAGGAAAUGACCAGACGAGAGGAAGAGAGACAAAGAAUUGAAAGAGAAGAAGAGAGGAGGGCAAGAGAGGAACAAGAGCAACAGAAAGAGGAGGAGAGGAUAAGAGCUGAGCAGGAAGAGAGGAUGAAGAGAGAGGAGAUGAGGAUGAAAGAGGAAGAACGAAUUAGGAAAGAAGAAGAGAGAAAAAAGACUGAAAAAGAAGACAGGAUCAGAAAGGAGGAAGAGGAGAGAAGGAAGAGAGAGGAGGAGGAGGAGAGGCAAAAUAAACUGGAGGAGGAGCAGGAAAGGAAGAGGAGAGAGAAGGAGGAAGAAGAGGCGCAGAGACUAAAGAAGCUAGAGAAGGAGGAGGCGGAAGAGAAAAAAAGGUUAGAGCGAGAGAGUAGGAUGAAGGUAGAGCAAGACGAGUUCCGCCAUGGAGAGAUGGAGUCCGCUGUAGCCCCAAACGUCUCCUCAACUCACCUACUCAACGAGGGUCUCUUCACCAAUCCGUUUGAAGGUCCCUCUAUCUCCACCAAUCUGUUUGAGGAUCCCUCGGUCUCAGCCAAUCCCUUUGGGGAGGCGGGGUCUCCACAUGAUCAACUCAGCCACUCCACCAAUGUUUCUACAGUCAAGCCAAGUUCACCUAGUGUAGGAUUUUCGCCUCAAGCCUCUCACACGUCAUCAAACCCUUUCUUGACUCCUGAUGAUCCUGAGAACGCAGUCGGUUCCGUCAGUGGGAGUGUAGAGAACCUCACAGGUACGUGGACCCCUCACGGGGAUCGCACGGAGAAGAAACGGCGCGCCCCGUCUCCUCCGAUGAGGAAGCUGGCUCGGGAGACGGCUGCUGCCAAACAAGCCACACCUCUGCCGACCUCCACCCUGUCCUCCGCAGGCCAGCCCCACCAGCCGGUCAGAGAGAGGGAUGGCCACAGGGUGCCUGACCCCCUCAGCUCUCGCCAGGACAAGCGUCCCGCUCCACAGCCUCCUGCUCAUCUGAGGAAGGCAGAGAAAAGCCAGAGCUUGGAGGACACCAGGACUGGAUCGGCACCACCACCACGGUCUGAAACGAUGGCGUCGUGCCAUCCAGCAGGGAGCGAUGAUGUGCCAGCGCCAGGGUCUGAAACGAUGGCGUCGUGCCAGCCGGCAGGGAGUGAUGAUGUGCUAGUUACCCCAGUGCCCUCUUUGGCCUCGCAGGUGUUUAGAAACGCUUUGCAGAACUACGGCCUCGCCUUAAAAGGAAAGGCUGAGAGGAUCAAGAGCAGCCGCUCCAGCAGAGCUGAAGAAUCUGCCGCCUCGAAGAAUUCUGAUGGAAGCGACAACAAGCAACGAGCCGCGUCCGAGUCGUCCAGAGCCGCCGUUCAGCCAGGUCAUUCAACCAAUCCGUUUUUAGAACCGAAAGUGUCCAAACACAACAAGGGUCCUGCACCCAAGCCUCGGGCGUCGCCACGAAAGGCAGAGCCCCAGGGAGGGUCAGCACUGGCCGUCGCAGAGCGUAAACAUUCAGAGGAAACGCACGAGGAAACCUCCAGCCUGGACCCUCACAGAAAUGGCAGCGACUCGUCUGAAGGUCGUCCAGUGGAAGAGCCCAAGAGACCAGACGUUGCCGAGAUGUUCCAUGUACCGAGUGCCAAGCCAGAAGACGACACACAUCAUGUCGACAACACGGGAGCGACUGCACACGCAAUGGCCACACCAGGCUCUGCGGUGGAGGCUGAAGGCCACAGCACAGAGCUGGACUCUCAAAUCAAAGAUGACCAGAAGCUUCCGAAACUGGAUGCCCUUUCCUAUAUAGAGUGCACGGAUGGCCCUAAACGAGUAUCAGAAAAGAAAACCCGUGCACCCUUACCCCCUGCCAACACCCCCAAAACACAGCCUCCUCAUUCCCCGGGUCCUGAUGUUACUGCACCAGUCGAGAAGACGCCACCAAGUCAAGAUGCUAAUGUGCCAAGCGAUGUGAAGAGUGCUGACGGCGUAGUUUUACACGUUCACUCUGCCUCCUCGUCGUUCGUCGCCGGGUCCUCCGACCUGCCGAGGGAGGCUGGGGGAGUCUCCGCUCCAUCGGUGGCAACUCCGAGUUCAUCUCCGCAGAGAGUCCGGCUCCAUGCCUGUGUCGAUGCCCUGCCACUCUCCAUGCCAAACGGAGUGACAGGGGACAGCGGCAAAGCCGGUGGGUCCACAUUGACGUCACGCAGACCUCAUGCAGUGAAGCCUCUGAGUGCCCAGGAGCCAACGCCAGCCCCCAGAAUGCAGCCUAAGCAGGAGCAGACGCCAGUCGGCAUGGCUGAGAGCGCCCGCACCCGCGCCACCACCAAGGUGGCCCCAGCGGAGCCCAAGGGGCCAUAUUCUCAGCUGACCCAGGAGGAGCUGAUCGGCCUGGUGUUGCGUCAGCAGGAGCAGCUGGCCCAGCGCAGCGCCAAGAUCCUGGAACUGGAGGAAUACAUCGACAACUUGGUGCUGCGCGUCAUCGAGGAGAAGCCCAGCAUCCUGAUGUCCCUCAGCGCUCCAAAGAGGGGUCUCUAAACACACACACACACACACACACACACACACACACACACACACAGCAUGUAAAGUAAAGAACUGCUCCUAAAUAUAUUCAAAAUACACAUAUAUACACACACACACACACACACACACACACACACACACACACACACACACACACACACACACACACACACACCUCAGCAUGUAAAGUAAAGAACUGCUCCUAAAUAUAUUCAAAAUACACAUAUAUAUACACACACACACACAAACACACACACACACACACACACACACACACACACACACACACACACAUAUCAAAGAAUGUCCGCUAUGUAUUCACAUCAGGCUGAGUGCAAUAAGUGCAACAGAGGAAGUCCACCAGGAUAGCUCACACCACAUGCUAGCAUGCCUAAAACUCUCGUCCCCUCACACCCAAGAAAGAUCUAUUAGAACACUGGUGCAGUGUACCCUGGAGGGGUAUCAGGAAAUGCCCCAGGUGUAGUAUCUCUGGAGGGGUAUCACCAAAUACCCCAAGGGCAGUGUAGUCUGGUGGGGUAUCAGGAAAUGCCCCAGGUGAACUGAAUGUAAUUGAGUGAAUGAAGAAAAUUGCAAAAAAGUCUUAAUACAAUGCACAGCUUGGCUGAGUGUUUUUUUUUUUUUUUUUUUUUUUUUUUCUUGAAGCGAGGGUUCUGAAAGUUAUUUGUUUACAGCUGCCUGCAAACACUAGUGUGUCAAUAGACAAUGAAGGGCAUAAGCCUUCUCGUAUGCCAGCCCCAGUCCGUACACAUACCCAGUCAAUAGAGCAAAUGAAUAAUAUUCACACGUUGCAUUCUUGUGUGCCUUUCUUGAGUAUUUUACAUGUUCGCUGUCAGACUGAUUGAUGACUGUUUUGAAGUAAAUGUUUGCACUUGAAUGAAACCACAACAAUGAAGGCUAACUAGAAAAGAAGAAGCCAGAGUUCAGCAAGAGCACUUCAAUAUAUAUGAAUAUAUUUGUAGCACUUUAUUGAAGCCUUUUGAACUGUCUGUCUCUCACGGUCUUUGUGAUGUUUCUUGUUAUAUUUCAACUGUCGAACAGCAUGCAUCACUACUGUUCCAUAAUUCCAAGAGCACUGUAAAUGUAUGUCAUUUAAAUGCUGUGUCAGAAAAAACAAUAAAAAAUAUAUUGCUAUCA